AUGAGGGUCACGUCUGCGUAUGCCGUCGUUUUCGCGGCAGCAUACCUGAGAUGUGUGCACGGACUCGGGGACAACCUGCAAUCUGCUGCAAUUUCGAGGUCGCAGCAAUGCCGCGGCGCCGACUGCCACCGGGAUGUCAUCAUCGACGCGUACGCAGGUGCGGAUGUUGCCGCGAUUGACAAGAAGGCCACGCCGAUAUGGAACACGCCAGCGCAAACGCUGCAGCGUUCAUUGAGGGCGCAGUAUCCGCGCAUGCUGACAUCGCAACUGUUCAUGAAGCCCAAGUAUGCCAUCAAGCUGCACAGGUUCACGCAGCUCAACAAUGCCAAGAACAGGCGGAAACCCGGGUCCGACAACAACGUGCACCAUACCGGAAAAGGCUCGCCAGCGCAUGAGAAAACGCAUACAAAAGUCAAAGGCCAUGAUUCGUCGUUCAUCUGGCAGUCUGCGGAGACCGCCACUCCGCCAGCUGAAACCACGACGGUUUCAGGCGGACCUGGCGCGCAGAUGCUCCGGCAGUUUCUGUUCAACUUCGAGAACAACCAGUACUUCGGGGAGAUCGAGGUGGGCACGCCGCCGUCGAAGUUCGUAGUGGUGUUCGACACCGGGUCCAGCCAACUCUGGAUCCCUUCGAAGCAGUGUUCUAGCAACGGAUGCGCCAGACACCGGCAAUUCGACUCCACGCAGUCGAGCACGUACAGGGAGCCGGCGCCCGGCAGCGUGGCCUCCAACGCGUACAUACAGUACGGCACCGGCGAAUGCGGUAUGUUGGUUUCCGACGCACCUGAUGACCGUGCAGUCCUCGCGCUGGGAGCUGACACCGUCAGGAUCGGCCCCCUGGAGGUCAAGAACCAGUCGCUGGGGCUGGCCACCUACGAGAGUGACCACCCGUUCGGCGACCUGCCAUUCGACGGGCUGGUUGGCCUGGGGUUCCCGGACGCAGCGUUCAGCGCCGACACGGACGCGCUUCCGUUGAUGGACAACAUCGUCAAGCAGAAACUGCUCAAUCGCAACAUCAUGGCCUUCUACAUGACCAAAGACCGCACGCAACCCGGCACGCUGUCGUUCGGCAGCAUCGACCCCAUGUACGUGCUCCCUGGGCACAGCCCCUGGUGGUUCCCCGUGGUCUCCACCGAUUUCUGGGAGAUCGAGAUGGACUCGAUCCUGAUCGACGGCAAGCCCAUGGAGCUGCAGCGGAAGUACAACGCGGCCAUCGACACCGGCAGCAGUCUCAUUUCGGGGCCAUCCGAGGUAGUUGGGCCACUGUUGGAGAAACUGUCGCUCUCCGGGGACUGCUCCAACGCCGCGUCGCUGCCCACCAUCUCGUUCGUGUUCGUCGACAUGCUCGGCAGGCGCAUCAAGUUCGACAUGUCCCCGGAAGACUACCUGGUACGCAUGGACGAGGACGACGCCGACUUCGGAAUGCAUCUCGCCACGGCCACCAGCAGCGGCAGCUCGCAGCCCGGCGAGGCAGCAGGCGACCACGGUCAACGCAGCGACGGGAACCACGAUGCGGGCGGCGGUGCGGCCAGGGAUACGACAGCGAGUUCCGAAAAGGGCGACGCUACGAAAUCUGGCCGCAAAGCCGACGACGGCAACGAUCGUGACGCCACAUCAGGCGGUCAACAACGCACAGCCGCCAAGGCUGAAUGGACACCAGACAUGGGAACGCGCUGUGCGGUGGGCAUAAUGGCGAUGGACGUGCCGAAGCCCAAAGGGCCGCUGUUCGUAAUGGGCGUGAGCUUCAUCAACCGCUACAUGGCGAUCUUCGACCGAGACGCCAUGGCCGUGGGGCUGGUCCCAUCCGCCCAUAAGCAGGACGACAGCGACAAGCAGCAGCUGCUGGAACAGGACUUCGAGAUCUCGUCAGGUGAGCGAACCUCCCCCGUGUAUAACGCAGCGCAGCGAUGGGCUUCAACUCGUACGCCAAUUCAACGUGGACGUUGA